GCUGUGUUAGCGCCGACGAUCCAUACUGAACCAAACGUAGUGAAUGGAAAAACGCACGUUCAUUAAUUUCCAAGAACAAGGACCUUGCGCGGCUGAUAAAGCGCUGAACAUGGGAAUGUGCCCCAGUCCAAAGUACAAAGCUCAUACUCGACCCGUAUUUGGUGUGCUUGCACCUGCGUUCGACCGGAUCCGAUGGCAACCGCUUUAGUUAUCAACUUGCUUCUCGCCCCCAAUGUUUAUUCAGCGCCCAUCCCCCAUCCCAAUGUGACUUAUUUCGUGCAAAAUGUAUCUGAUGGUUGCAACGAUCUCCAGAAUUGCCGAACGAUGUGGGGCAUCGUGUAUAGCUGUCUCCUUGCCAUCUUUGCUUGCGUUUGGACGGCAGCGCACCCAAAUGUACCAGGGCCCAAUGAUAGUAUCUGGGCGUUCAAGUCGCCCACAUUUAAGUCGCGCUUUGCCAUGGUGAUGGGUUCACUGCUUUCACCGGAGGUUAUUCUGGCGCUCGCAUGGCGCCAAUUCUUGUUGUCUUGGAGAAUAUCCAAAAAGUGCAAGAUGGUUGAAGGGUGGACCCUGACGCAUUCAUACUUUGUCGUCAUGGAUGGUUUCCGAGUCGACCCGGUACUAGAAUUGCCGGUGGACCUAAAUGACUUGCAGAAAUAUCCUGCCAUAAUCGAGAAGACGGGGAAUACUAGGAAGGCCGCAAUAACAAAGAAACAAAUUCUUGACAGAAGCAAAGGGGACCCAUUUUCCAAAUUUAUCAUUGUCGUUCAGCUGCUAUGGUUUAUCACUCAAUACGUCGGACGGUGGGCAAGCCAUUUACAAAGAUCGCAACUGGAGACAAUGACGCUCGCGUACGCGGCAUUAUGCGUCUUUCUUUAUGUGUUGUGGUGGCAUAAACCCGUUAACAUUCAAUUCCCAAUCCAUGUGAUGGAAGAGUCCCCUUCCGUUCCUCCGACUUCCGAGACAAAUGUCGAUGAACCGACACCUAAAACGGAGACUGAUGCAGAUCCAAUGUCCGUGCAAGUGUCUGAGCCCAAGGAUAUGGAAGUCAUGUCGAUGUUUAUAGUCACUGGGAUGAUCUUUGGGGGAAUCCAUUGCCUUGCAUGGUCAUUCCCCUUUCCGACCCACACGGAGAUGAUUUUAUGGCGAGUUUCAGCAAUAUAUAUUACAGUCGCUCCUGUCUUUAUAACGUUGGCCGGAUGGCUUAGUGAUCAUGUUGAUGAUGAUUUGGGUAUGAUGAUAAUGGUACUUCUUUUACUUGUUUAUGCCGUUGCGCGGGUCAUCCUCCUUGUUCUCACCCUCAGUUCUUUGCGUUCACCUCCGCCUAGUCUAUACCAAACCCCGUCUUGGUCAUCAUUCCUCCCGCACUUUGGAUAGCUGUGUAUGUACCGCGCUUCGGGUGUUUUAUGUACUGCGGGAUAGCCCAUGUUUACA